AUGGCGUCUGGCCACGUACCUCUUGUCAUUGGCGGCAAAGACGUCCACACCAGCGAGACGUUUGACGUCGUCAGCCCCGCCACCGGCAAGCUGCUGCACAAGUCGUCGAGCGCCAACGUCGCCGAGGCCGUCGCCGCCGUCGAGGCCGCCGGCAAGGCCUUUCCCGACUGGAGCCGCACGCACGUCAACGAGCGCCGCGAGAUCCUCCAGAGGGCGGGCGAGAUCAUCAAGACCCGCGGCGAGGAGCUCAAGACGGCGAUGCAGGAGGAGACGGGCGCGGACCCGGGCUGGGCGGACAUUAACCUCAAGAUUGCGACGGAGAACAUUGUGCAUGCCGCGUCGCACCUCGUCAACCUGGAGGGCAGGAUGCCGACGAUUGGGAAUCCGAGCCGCGAGGCCCUCAUCGUCAGAGAGCCGUACGGUGUCAUUUUUUCCAUUGCUCCUUGGAACGCACCGCUUCCGCUGGGCAUCCGCUCCAUCGUCUGGGCCAUUGCGGCCGGCAACACCGUCGUCCUCAAGGGCUCCGAGCUGAGCCCCAAGACGCUGUGGGCCGUCUGCUCCGUGCUCUGGGAGGCCGGCCUGCCGCCCGGCGUGCUCAACUUCAUCACCAGCGCGCCGGCCAACGCGGCCGCCGUGACGUCCGCCGUCAUUGCGCACCGCCACGUCAAAAAGGUCAACUUCACCGGCAGCACGACCGUCGGGCGCAUCAUCGCCAAGACGGCCGGCGAGCAUCUCAAGCCCGUGCUGCUGGAGCUCGGCGGCAAGGCGCCCUCGCUGGUGCUGGCAGACGCCGACCUCGCGCUCGCGGCGCACCACUGCGUCGUCGGCGCGUUCCUCCACACCGGCCAGAUCUGCAUGAGCACCGAGCGCAUCCUCGUCCACGAGAGCGUCAAGAACGCCUUUGCGGCGCAGCUCGUCGCCACGGCCAAGGAGAUGUACGGCGGCGAGGGCCAGGAGGCGCCGGUGCUGGUCGCCGAGGCGGCCGUCGUCAAGAACAGGGCGCUCGUUGAGGACGCGGUCAGCAAGGGCGCCAAGGUGCUGUACGGCGAUGUGGCGGCCGCGGUCGAGGGGGACAGCAAGACGCGCAUGCGCCCGGUUGUGGUGUCGGACGUCAGCCCGGACAUGAAGGUCUACAAGACGGAGAGCUUCGGCCCGACGGUGUCGCUCAUCAGCUUCAAGGACGAGGAGGACGCGGUGGCGAUUGCCAACGAUACGGAAUACGGGCUGGUGGCGGCGGUCUUCAGCAAGGACCUGCGGCGCGCGUUGGCCGUGGCGAAAAAGAUUGAGACGGGCGCGGUGCAUAUCAACUGGAUGACGCCGCAUGAUGAGGCUGGCCUGCCGCAUGGUGGUGCCAAGGACAGUGGCUAUGGAAGGUUUGGCGGUGGGUUUGACGAGUGGACGAGGACCAAGACCAUCACGUUCGACUCGCAAGUGUAA